AUGUCACGUGACUGAUGAGUCAGACGACGCCACACCGAAGGUUAAACAAAGGAGGUCAAGGACGAACUUCAGUCUAGAGCAACUCAACGAGCUGGAGCGGCUCUUUGACGAGACUCACUAUCCAGAUGCAUUUAUGAGAGAGGAGCUAAGCCAGCGACUGGGACUGUCCGAGGCUCGUGUCCAGGUAUGGUUCCAGAAUAGACGAGCAAAGUGCAGGAAACAGGAAAGUCAGAUGCAAAAAGGUUUGAUUCUUCCAUCUCCACUGGGGACGCCCCUGGACACGUGCAGAGUUUCCCAGUUUGUCGGACUUCCACCCAUCGGAGAUCGGUUGGAACGACUGCCACUUCCACCGCAGCCUCCACCUUUCUUCCCAUACCUCCCUCUUCACACCAACAGCGCCGCGAUGGCUGCCGCCAUGGCCACACACCACGCCCUUCACCCCAUGCUUCUCUUCCAGCACCACCUGGCGGCCUUGUCGGCGACGCUCCACUCGGCCACCAGCCCAGGGCUGCUCAACGGGAACCUCCAUGGCCUGGGGCUGGCCACGUCCACUUCGCCCCUGGCCGUCCACGCCACAAACAACUUCAUCAACAGUAUCGUCGGGAUGAGCAGGGGGGGCAUUGGGGGUAGCGGCAGCGGCACCAGCAGCAGCGCCGCGGGCGGAGGCAACAAAAACAGCCCCGGCAUCACAGCCGUCACGGCCACACCCCAUGUGCUUCCAAGCGUCAUUCGACCAUCCAGUGACACGCCCACCAACAUUCCGACUCCUCCCACGUCUAGUGAGAGAAACAGCCCAGGGCAGGUGUCUGGGUUUAAACCUAACAAAAACACGAGCAUCGCUGACCUCAGGUUGAAAGCUAGACAGCACUUAGCAAGUUUAGGAAUAUAACAGUAUGGAUUCCACAAACAAUUCUAUUUAUUAAUCAUUUCAUUCUGACGGUGGCCAAAUCAACACUGGAAAGUUCCACGAUUUUCAUUAUUAUUUGUAUUUCAUAAUUACACACAAAUAUAACUUUAAACAAUGGUGGGCAAAUGGAAUUGAUAUAAAAUCAACUAAUUAUGUAAAUAUUUCCCCACCCCCCCUACUAUUUGCACAAUAAAGUGCGUUACUAAAGAUUGACUUUGAACCAACUAAAAUUGUUGUUUAUUAAAAAGAUAACUGCAUUGCAUAUUUUCUCAACACCUUGAACCCAAAAGGUUUUUCAAGGGCUUGUAGUUGUAUUACAAUAUUACAUGUAGGCCUAUAGUGCCAGACUGUGAGGGCGCCAAAGGCCUCACCCUCAAAAGAGAGCCUCAUUAAUUAAUUUUUUUUUUCGAAAUAUGCAGAUUAAAAAUUAGAAAGUAAGGAAAAUAUUAAAUUUACAAGUACUCCUAUUUCUUUAUACACAAAUAUGACAUGCUUUUAGAUUUGUUAUUAUUAAGUGUAUUUUGUUUUAAUGAAUUUUGGAGAGCUUAUGACCCUCUACAGAAAUCCUGCCUAAGACCGGCAGGACAGGACAAAAUGUACAGGGGAUGAACUAGCUUGUAAUGCUGGCACACAGGAUAAAGGGCAGCAGUUAUAUCAUUUAAAUAUUUAGUCCUACAGUGUGCGUGUCUGUGUGUUCAUAUAAUUAAACAAGCAAAAUAUUUUUAAAAUCCUAAGGGGAAAAACUUCGCACUUACAAUUAUAUCACUCAGAAAUGUGCAAGUGAUUUCCCUUUUCUGAUAUCAAACAAAUAUUUACCAAUACCGGUAUAUUUAUAUGGGACUUCUUAAGUCGUAGAACGACUAUGGUUCAUCUCGAACACUUUUUCAUGUGGCUGUGGAGCCCUAUUUCGGAGAGACACUCCCGACCACAUAUGUUGCAGGUCAAGGUGGCUUUUGCUUUGGUGGCAGAGGAGCCAGCCAUUUUUCCUGGGGCACGCUUUUCUUCCAGAGCGGGGACAAGAGAAAGAACAAAACUCAUUUCCACUGGCGCUGCCUCCGAAGGAUCUUGAAAAAAUCACAAGGCAAGAGAGAGUGUGCAAUACUGAGAUCCUCGCGAGAACGGGCCUUCCCAGCAUCUUUACAGUCCUCAGGCAAAGCCGCCUGCGCUGGCUCGGACAUUUACCAAUAAUUAAAGGACUAAUUGUUUAAUUUUUAAAAAUUGAUUCAUGUU